AAGAUGGCGGCGCCCACGAGACGCGGAUGGCGGUAGAAAAGAGGCGUCCUCACGAUGCCGGCCUUUUGCGCUGCGUCCGAGCACCGGCAGCCGAGGCGAUGUACUCUUUCACAACUGCUCAGGGGAGAAAAAAAAACAGGUGCUCAGUGGGUCGCUGCUGUGAAAUGCAAUAAAUCCAAGCCUUCGAAAACCACUGUUCUCUGCUCGAAACAUUUUCGUGACAGUGGCUACCAGCAUCGGGGAAACGGGGAUUCCGGUGAAAUCUGAACGACUGAGGCCAGGCUUGGUGCCGUCAAUCUUCGUUUACGAACGGAAUGAACCGCAGGCGCCGAGAACAGCAUUCUCGAAGAUGCGAAAAGGUGAGUUUCUGCCUGGAGAUGCAAGCAUCGGACACAGGCCAAGACGAAGUGAUUGUCGUGAAACAGAUCAUGAUGACCUCACAGAGGAGCCAGUACAUCAAGCAUCGCCGAGACUGGCUUGUGAGUCGGGACAAGCUGUAGAAACCUCACUAGAGCCAGCGUGUGAACCGGUCCAUGUCACAGAUGAAUCCGUUCAAGUGCGACUGUUAACCUGCGAUGAAGCAUCGCAAGCAAACGAAAAGAAAAUUACGUCAACAACUGCUACACAAACGGAGCCUCAAGACAUUUCUUCAGGUGCCUUGCCUUUCGCGUCCCUGGAGCCGUCUUCUUCAUUGGCGCCUGUACGAGGUCGACUGCAUUCCUGCCAGCAGUGCACCUAUGUGACACGAAAUAAGGCACAUAUGACGAGACACCUUGGGACAUGCGGCACCUUCCGGUGCCGCAUGUGCCCAGCUACAUACACUCAGGACUCCAAGCUGGUGGCUCACAUGCGCACUCACACUGGAGAGCGUCGCUUUUCCUGUGUCCACUGCAACGCAUCCUUUUCGCGGAAAGAUUCCCUCAAUAUCCACAUGCGCACGCACACAGGAGAGCGUCCCUUUUCCUGUGUCCACUGCAAUGCAUCCUUUUCGCGGAAAGACUCUCUCAGUGACCACAUGCGGACUCACACAGGAGAGCGUCCCUUUUCCUGUGUCCAUUGCAAUGCAGCCUUUGCGCGGAAAGACUAUUUAAAUAUUCACAUACGCGCUCACACAGCAGAGCGUCCCUUUUCCUGUACCCUCUGCAAUGCCUCCUUUUUGCAGAAAUACCACCUCGUGAGACACAUGCGCACGCACACAGGAGAGCGUCCCUUUUCCUGUGUCCACUGCAAUGCGUCCUUUUUGCAGAAAGACCACCUUGUGAGACACAUGCGCACGCACACAGGAGAGCGUCCCUUUUCCUGUGUCCACUGCACUGCAUCGUUUGUGAUGGAAGCCGACCUCGUGGCGCACGUACGCAUUCACACAGGAGAACGUCCCUACUCCUGUGUACACUGCAACGCAACUUUUGUGCAGAAAAAGAACCUCGUGAGACACAUGCGCACGCACGCUGGAGAGUGUCCCUUUUCCUGUGUCCAUUGCAAUGCGUCAUUUGUGAUGAAACGCUACCUCGUUCAGCACAUGAGCACUCACACACGGGAGCGUCGCUUUUCCUGUGUCCACUGCAAUGCGUCCUUUUCGCGAAAAACCGGCCUCGUGGUGCACAUCCGUACUCACACAGGAGAGCGUCCCUUCAACUGUGCCCACUGCAAUGCAUCAUUUUCGCGAAAAAACAGCCUCGUGAUGCACACCCGCACUCACACAGGAGAGCGUCCCUAGUCAUGCGUCCUCUGCAAUAUAUCGUUUUCACAAAAAUACCAGCUGACGAACCACAUGUUCCGUCGUCAUAAAUACAAGAAGCCAUAAAUGUGUUGGGCCUCUGGGCUAAC